AUGGAGGUCGAAGGGGAAAGCUUUCCUAAACAAAGGCAAGUCCUGGUUCUUUUUCUUUUGGUGGGAGUGGCUCUGGCAGGAUGGGAAUCCCGUCGCUAUUCCGUGAUGGAGGAAACGGAGAGCGGCUCCGUUGUGGCCAACGUGGCCAAGGACCUGGGGCUGGGAGCGGGAGAGCUAGCUGCGCGGGGAGCGCGGGUGGUCACUGAAGAUAAGGAACCCCGAUUGCAGCUUGAUCUGCAAACCGGGGACUUGAUAUUAAAUGAGAAACUGGACCGGGAGGAGAUGUGUGGCUCCACGGACCCGUGUGUGAUGCGUUUCCAAGUGUUACUGAAAAAACCAUUGGGAGUAUUUCGAGCUGAGCUAUUAGUGAGAGACAUAAAUGAUCAUUCUCCUGAGUUUCCUGAAAGAGAAAUGACGCUGAAAAUCCCAGAGACUAGUCCUCCUGGGACCGUGUUUCCUCUGAAAAAAGCCCAGGAUUUGGACGUGGGCAGAAACAACAUCCAAAGCUAUGGCAUCAGUCCCAACUCCCAUUUUCAUGUUACCACCCACGACCUGGGAGAUGGCAGGAAAUACCCUGAGCUGGUCCUGGACAAGGAGCUGGAUCGUGAGGAGCAGGCCCAGCUCAGGUUAACCCUCACAGCUCUGGAUGGCGGCUCUCCAGCCCUGUCUGGCACCGCCCAGGUCCACAUCUUGGUCUUGGAUGUCAAUGACAACGCCCCUGAGUUUGCACAGAGACUCUACCAAGUGCAGGUCCCUGAGAACAGCCCUGUAGGCUCCCUAGUUGUUAAAGUUUCUGCUAGAGAUUUAGACACGGGGACAAACGGAGAGAUAUCAUACGCCCUUUCCUAUAGUUCUCGGGAGAUAAGCAAAACUUUUGAAGUAAACAGCCUUUCAGGAGAAGUUCGGCUAAUCAAAAAACUGGAUUUUGAGACAAUAUCCUCAUAUGAGCUGGAUAUAGAUGCCUCUGAUGGCGGGGGACUUUCAGGAAAAUGUUCUGUCUCCAUUGAGGUGGUGGAUGUUAACGAUAACGCCCCAGAGCUAAGUAUUUCAUCACUUACCAGCCCCAUUCCCGAAAACUCCCCCGAGACAGAAGUGGCCCUGUUUCAGAUUCGAGACCGAGACUCGGGGGAUAAUGGGAGGAUGGCUUGCUCCAUCCAAGAUGAUCUCCCCUUUCUCCUGAAACCAACUGAAGAGAAUUUCUACACCCUGGUAACAAAUGGGGCCCUGGACAGGGAGACCAGAGCCCAGUAUAAUGUCACCAUCACCGUCACCGACUUGGGGAUCCCCAGGCUGAAAACCCAGCACAAUAUAACCGUGGUGGUCUCUGACGUCAACGACAACGCCCCCGCCUUCACCCAGCCCUCCUACAGCCUGUCCCUCUGCGAGAACAACAGCCCCGCCCUGCACUUCGGCAGCGUCAGCGCCACAGACAGGGACGCGGGCGCCAACGCCCAGCUCACCUACUCGCUGCUGCCGCCCCGGGACCCGCGCCUGCCCCUGGCCUCGCUGGUGGCCAUCAACGCCGACACCGGCCAGCUGUUCGCGCUGCGGGCGCUGGACUUCGAGGCGCUGCGGGCGUUCGAGUUCGGCGUGGGCGCCACGGACCGCGGGGCGCCCGCGCUGAGCAGCCAGGCGCUGGUGCGCGUGCAGGUGCUGGACGCCAACGACAACGCGCCCUCCGUGCUGUACCCGCCGCACAACGGCUCCGCGCCCUGCACCGAGCUGGUGCCCAGGGCGGCCGAGCCGGGCUACCUGGUGAGCAAGGUGGUGGCGGUGGACGCCGACUCGGGCCAGAACGCCUGGCUGUCGUUCCAGCUGCUCAGGGCCACGGAGCCCGGGCUGUUCGGCGUGUGGGCGCACAAUGGCGAGGUGCGCACGGCGCGGCCGCUGGGCGAGCGCGACGCGGCCAGGCACAGGCUGGUGGUGCUGGUCAGGGACCAUGGCGAGCCCGCGCUGUCCGCCAGCGUCACGCUGCACGUGCUGCUGGUGGACGGCUUCUCGCAGCCCUACCUGCCGCUGCCCGAGGCGGCGGCCGAGCAGGCGCGGGCGGAUCCGCUGACCGUGUACCUGGUGGUGGCGCUGGCGGCGGUGUCGUCGCUGUUCCUGUUCUCGGUGCUGGCGUUGGUGGCGGUGCGGCUGUGCAGGCGGAGCAGGGCGGCCUGGGCGGGUGGCUGCUCGGUGCCUGAGGGCCACCUUCCUGGCCACCUGGUGGACGUGAGCGGUACUGGGACCCUGUCCCAGAGCUACCAGUAUGAGGUGUGUCUGACGGGAGACUCUGGAAGUAAUGAGUUCAAAUUCUUGAAGCCUGUCUUUCCCAAUAUUCUAGGUCAAGAGAUUGAGAGGAAGGCAAAGGGAAAUCCAACAUUCCAUAAUAAUUUAG